AUGUGCAGAGAAAUAAGUGCUUGCAGAUGUACCUAUUUGUAGCUAGCCAAAACUGAAUUAGCGUUAGCUGUCAAGGGCUCAAACUUUUGGAAGGUUAAGACAAAAAUGGCUAUGGUAGUUUGUGUUCUCGGGGUUCCACAGCUAAGCCUUUACCUUACCUACACAAACCACGGUUUGACUAGGGUUUGAUGUGUGAUGUUAUUUGUAGCAGCUAGCUAACGAUAUAGCCCAUAUCUGGGGCUAAUAGUAACGCUAUGUUCUCGGUGAAAUAAUGACAGGUUAUAACCUUGAGUGUGUGUGUGCGCGUGCGCAGUCCUCCUUACCAAGGAAGGAGAGGCACCAGGGACCAUGAGUGAGAAUGGCCCUCAUACGGAGGCGUCCAUGUACUUUGAGGAGGAGGUGGAUCACCUGGAGCGGGACGAUGAAGAAGAAGAUGACAAGAUCCACUUUCACAAGGAUGAUGACCUGAUCGAACCUUCGUCAUCCUCUGGUCGGGUGUAUGACCGCACUACAGUACUGAUUGAGCGGGAUCCCAUCAGACUGGAUGAGGAAGGUGAAGAAGAGGGUCACUGUGGCGGGGAUGAAGAUGGAGUCACAUUUUUAACUGAAGGGGAGGGCGAUGGGGAUGAAGAGGAAGGCUCUCUGGCCUUCAUGUCCGACCCUGAUGCCAUGUCACAGGGUUACGUACACCACACAAUUUCUCCAGAUCAGAUCCAGUUCACAAUUAACCCAGGCUCCACCCCCAUGCCACGCAACAUAGAGGGGGCCACCCUCACAUUGCACUCUGAGUGUCCAGAGACCAAGCAGAGAGAGGUAAAGCGUUACCAGUGUAUGUUCGAAGGCUGUACAAGGACCUACAGCACAGCGGGAAACCUGCGGACCCAUCAGAAGACGCACCGGGGCGAGUACACAUUUGUGUGUAAUCAGCAAGGUUGUGGAAAGGCCUUCCUCACUUCAUACAGCCUGAAGAUCCACGUCCGAGUCCACACGAAGGAGAAGCCAUUUGAGUGUGACGUGCAAGGCUGUGAGAAGGCCUUCAACACUCUGUACAGACUAAAAGCACACCAGAGACUUCACACAGGAAAGACAUUCAACUGUGAAUCAGAGGGAUGCACAAAGUACUUUACCACACUCAGUGACCUGAGGAAGCACAUUCGCACACACACUGGGGAGAAGCCUUUCCGGUGUGACAUCGACGGCUGUGGUAAAGCCUUUGCUGCAAGUCACCACCUAAAAACGCAUGUGCGGACACACACAGGGGAGAAGCCAUUCAACUGCCCCAGUGACGGCUGUGAGAAAACUUUCAGCAGCCAGUACAGUCUGAAGAGUCACAUUCGGGGCCACGACAAAGGACAGCCCUUUAGCGUCACCCUCACCCACCCACUCUCAGAAGAUGCAAAUCACUCGCUGUGCCUCAGUGACCUAAGCCUCAUCUCGACAGACUCUGAGUUACGAGAGAACAUCCACAAUGCGCAAAAUUUGGACCUCAACAAUGCCACUCCUGUUAAAAUCUUUGAGCUCAUGUUCCAGAGUCCUGAAAACAGUGUCAGCCAAGAUGACGCCCACCCCAACGAACCCAUCGGCGAACCCUUCAGCCUAGAGCCCUCCACUCGCCCGGGAGUGAGCGACGCCUCAUCUCUUAUCUCGUUCUCUCUCAGUCCUACCUCCUCAUCCUCCUGCUCUCACACAACUACAGUCAUGGAGGCUGGUUCCCAGCUCGGUCAGAGCACCUCCUCUCAGGCCUCCACACCUGCCUCUGUCACCGCUACUGUCAGCUCCACGCCAACUCCCUCUUUCAUGCAGCUAACAAGGCCCCAACAGAUUUCAGAUGUGCCUGUCCAGACCUCUGUCCAAGCUCCAAACCAUGUCGCCCCGCAGCACUAUGUCACACUGCAGCCCACAUUCCUGCAGCCAGAGAGCACUCCUCAGACCACGUCUCAGCCUCCCCCCAUGGCUGCUGCUCCUCCUGCAGCGCUGAGCACCGCAGCACCAGGCACCGCUACAGCGUCAGUCGUCGCAGCCUCCUCUACAGACGCUCUCGCAGCAGUCGCUCACUCUGUGCCUUUGGCCAGUAACCCCGCUCCCAUUUCUGGCCCUUGUCUGGCUUCCACACAAGCAGCCAUCACAAUAGCACCCACCCAGAACCUGCUGCAGCCCAGCCUGGUCAUGUCUGACCAGAACCUCCAGUGGAUCCUCAGCAGUGCUGCCAACAGUCAGCAGAACCCAGAGCAAGCACAACACCAAGGAGGUCCAAAAGUGGAAAAAGUUUUCUUCACAACAGCCAUACCAGUGGGAGGAAAUGCUGGCAACUCUGUCCAGCAGAUUGGCCUCAGCCUGCCUGUCAUCAUCAUCAAACAGGAGGAGUCGUGCCAGUGCCAGUGCGCCUGCAGGGACUCCGCCAAAGACAAGAGUUCAAAGAGUGCCUCCUCCUCUUCCUCCUCAUCCUCAUCUACUGUCGUAUCAGUCCCAGCUCAGCAACAGCAGCCACCAGAGCCCCCUCCUCCUGUUCCCCCUCCCCCACUGCCACAACCCCAGGAGCCUUCACACCUCCCAACCACCUCCUCCUCAUCGUCCUUGUGCUGCCUCCCCGAGUCUUCCUCCAAAGUUGGUGAAGUCAGCCUCCAGGCCCCCUCCUGUUCAUCCCCCUCCUCCUCCUCUUCUUCAGCUCAGACAUUCUCCACAGCGGCGAGCGCCACCGCUGCCAACCCUCCCUCGUCUGACGGCUUGGCCAGCAUGGACGUCUCGGACUUCCUCUCCCUGCAGAGCCCCGAGACGGCCGCCAAUAUCGAGGCCCUGCUGCUCGUCGCCGAGGACUUCAGCAUGGCCACCGACGGCAACCCUUAGAACAGCUGCCUGUCUGGUACUGUGCAUUUGUCUGUUGCACCCACUCAUCUGCAGGCUUCAAAUACGCCUACGUCAAGUCAUUUUCCUCAGUGACGCCUCUUCUUUUUCCUUAUAUAGCGUUCGUGUCAAACCCCGUUAUCUGCAGUGCAUUCUGUUCUGUAUGGCAUUGUGCAACAUAUAUUCAUGAAAAAUGAAUAAUAUUUUCUGUUGUAUCUCAUUGCAGUAGUAGACUUUUUAGAGGCAGACUAGUUUCACUUAUUGAGAUUUAGCGAGGUUCAUGUUGAUUAAUGCAGGGAAAAGGCAGUAGGACCAUUUAUUUAAGAAAAAAAACUGUACAUAGUAACCCAUAAUAUCCGCUUUGAAUUGAUUGAAUUAAAACAAACGAGUUGUCCAAGCACUGAUAACUUAAGAACAAAUGUGUCUGUAUAUCCUUGUACUGUACUGCAGGUCCUAGCAAAUACUUAAAGCUGGUAUGCAACUGACCAGAAUGCACUGUAUAUUAAGAGGAAUCUGCUAUGAUUUUAUAGAGUCUAUAGAUCUCCCAACAGGAAUUUAAAGGGGUUGGCCACACAGUCCCUUAAUUUUUUUUUUUUUUUUUUAAAUCGAAGAAGUUUAGUACAAAAAUGUGACAAUUCUUUUCUACUUCUUUGGACAGUUCUGUACUAAUUAAGAAAAGAACCUGUGAUCAGAUCUGCCUUCCUGAAAUUAAGUCGAUACAUCAUUAAGUUGCCUAUAACUUAAAGCUAAUUUAAAAAUGUACAUUGUUAAUUUAUUUGUUUGAUUCUUAGUUAUACUGGUAAUACUAUUAUCUUCAAGAUAGCAGAAAGAUCUUUAUUAAUUUAUUUCAAGCGCUUUUAUUAUUUAGUUGAGUUUGUUACUGAAUUGCUUCUUUUUUUUUCCCUCUUUUUUUAUUAUUAUAAAAAUGGGUUUUUGCUAAAAGCAAGUAUGGAAUCUGAAAUGAGGCACCUGUUGUAGACUGCACAGAAUAGCAAAUUAUCUCCUAGUAUCUGCUCGUUUGCAAAAAUUGUCCACAAAACAGGAACUACUGUCAACAUCCCAUGUUUUACAGGGCUGUGACCCUCUCAGGGAUGCAUCAAGUCAUAACUGAUUCUGGUUUAUUCCCCCUGAUUUGUUACUCAAGACAUGCAUUUCCUCACCGCACGCCCCACACUUGCAGUAGCCCUACGUUUUGCUGCACUCUUCUCCCCGUUUAUUGCACACUAACUUGCUAAGUGAGUAAUCUGAAAGCUUGUUAGCUGAGGUGCAGCACCACUACAGAUUUUUUUUUUUUUUUUUGUAUAGAACUGCUGUAUAGUAGCAUUUAAAGACGGUGUCCUGGCGACAGUGUAAAUAGAGUACAUUUUAGUGUAAACAUCUUUGAGAAACUAGAUUAUUCUAGAAUUUGUAUUUUUGUAUAGACUUUUGAAUUACUAACUCUGAGUUUGGAGCUUAUGUAUACCCUCUAACCUUGCAUUCUUCCCAACAGUCACAUUUAUGCAGAAGAAUGAGGUGUUUGGUUGUUUUUUUUUUUGGUUUUUGGCUGUGUUCAGUUGACUAGAUUAUAAGCAGUCGGGCUUCUGUACAGUCCCCAUCGCAAACUAAAUAUAUGUAACACAUAGCCUCCUGCUCAGAGUCUAAUUUAACAGUAUUGUUUCACAUGGGACACAAUGCAAUGAUGAUAGAGUAAUGACAUUACGCCCUGUAUACUGGAGUGUAGAGCUACUCGGCCUUAUUAACUGUUCUUUGAGCCUCCUUGCCUUUGACGGUCUCUGCUUCAGACUUGCCAAUCGAUGGCGCUGACACACGCUCAUCUUCACCGAUUCUCAGGCAAACACCCCCCCUCUAGCAGCAGAUUAGGCAAAAAGCAUCGGGUCAUAAGAGCUCAAAGGCCGUCUGAGAUCUGAACCGCUCUCUAGCUGGAAUAUUCGUGGCGUAUUUAUGCAUUGCUGUGAUUUAUACAGUUGAGUUUCAGGUUGUUGGAUCAAGUCUAACCCACAUGCAUGUCACUUAGAAGUUUUGUUGUCGUUGCCAGGGUGGAACAUUCCCUUAAGUUUAACACGGCCAUUGAAGUCACAUUCCGGAUGCAGUAUGAAACGGUAUCUACGUCUGUUGGAUUAGAAAAUGUCAAUUCACCGUUUUCCCCGUUAAGGCCCUCAGCGGAUUUACUGCCAUCACUAAUGCCGUUAUUAGUGUACAUACAUGCAUACUGUCAUUGAGAAAAAAAAAACAAAAAACUAUGCAAUUUGAGUGUGGCAUUCACAAGUUUUAACAACUGACUCUGAGGCAUAAAGAUAUUUACCCCUCUGUCAUUAAUCUGCUGCAGUUUUUAUGCAGACCUCCAGCGGCAAAAGUUGCCUUUCCAAUGCAUCCACAUUAAGCAUGCUUCUUAAUGAUGUUCCGCUCCCAGUUCUUGCAUUUCAUAUAUUAACAUUGAGAGUGGUUUAGUUCUGGGCUUUGUAGUGCGUUCACCAAGUACUGUUCCCAUGAAUGUUUGCGCCACAGUUAAUCCUUUACCAUGCUGUUUUGCCUCCGACGUAACCGGAUUCAAAACCAACUGAACAUGUUUGAAGGAGUUCUUAGUGAAUUAACGAUUCUGUUUUAAGAAUUAUUUUUGGGAAAACAUAAGCAGCUUUUUCCUACAUGUAAACCCUCGGUGGUAGUCAUCUCAGACUCUUCUUGACUGGUUAAAUUUGACAUUUGAUACUCUCGUUGGCUCACAUUAACCAACAAAAUAUCAAAGUUAAAAGCUGCUGAUGUACGUUAUCGAAGAAGUGGGGGGUUUUUUUGACUCGUUUAGGCCAAGGUAUGUUUCGUUUCCUUCCCCGAACUGGUAACAUCAGCAAAUCACUGAUGGUGACAUUUGUUUGGAAGCAAAUUGUUUCACCGUAGAUGUUUUUUCUAAGGUUGACACACUGACUUUUCACCACUUCUGACACGUUUCCAUCAGGCAAAAUUUACAACAAAAAAGGAAACCAUAUGCUUCCAAAGAAAUGUCUUGACACCCAAAGAGUGAGGAAUUGUUAUGGAUUUGUAUUUUU